UGCCCAGUGGCAUGUUUGUCUUGCAAGCAGAUGGGUCCUUUCCCUUUCCCUUUCCUUUCCUUUCCUUUCGUUUCUUUCCUCGGUUCUGUCUCUGCGCCCGCUUUGUUUAGCUUGGGCUCUCGUGAGCGGUGUUCUUGUUGUUGUUCCUGUUGUUGUCAUCAGAGAGAGUCUUUCUCUGUCAGGGGAGGAAAAAAUAUUUAUGGGUUCUCUGGAAUUCUUCUUCUCAUCUCCGUCUGGGAAAUGUCUGAGCUGUGUAGAUAUUCGUCUUUGGUACGUGGACUCUCUGUUUUUCAGCCUGUAGAUUUUCUUGCAGCUAAGACGAUCUUCAGGCUAGCCUGUACACUACACGUUUCAAUUCUUCGAUUUUGGCCCAGAAAAAUGUUUUCUUUUUUGCACCCCCCCCUCUCUCUCUCUCUCUCUGUGUCUCUCUCUGUGUCUCUCACAGUUGUUUAAGCUACUUUAUCUCCAUUGUCUUUCACCAGGUCCUGUUCCUCACUCGCACGUAGCAGCUUUAGAUUGGUACCUGAGGAAUAAUACCUUUUAUCUUCUUUUGUUUUGCGUGUCUUCUCUCACUUCUUUUUUUCCUUCAAUUUCUGUUUUUCCGCCUGUUCCCUCGCUCCUUUUCUAGUCGGAAUUGUCCUGCAAAGCGAUUGCCCGUUCUUUUCUGCGUUUGACUGUACUUCUUCACAAUGCCAUCUUCCCAUCAAUUUCUUUUGCCUUCUAUUUAUCACCAGCUUCUUUCUUCUUGAUUGGGCUCUUCCUCUUUUUGUUUGUUUGGGGGCACCGGGAUCUAACGUUUGCUUUAUUAAGGUGUAGCUCCGCGCUUUGAGGGGCCAUGAGGUUUUUAAGUGUCUCAUUGUUUUCGUUGUCUUUAGCUGUUGAAGUUUGUUCCGCUUGUUUGAGCUUUGCUCUUUUCAGUUGGAGAGUGCUUAGCAGAAUCUUCAUUUCUUGCUUCUUAAUGUAAGCCGCAUGUUGUUGUUCCUAGUCCCUGUCCAUGACUUUGAAUUUAAGAAAAGCACCCUUUAAAUUCUUUUUUCUUAAUAUUUUACACAUAAAGCUGCGUAUGUAGAUUUUGCCUGAUAUGCUAACUGAUUAUUUUUGCUUUCUUAAUGUAUGUUUUUAAUUGCUCCUUAGAUAUUUCGUGAUUAAUCUCGAGCAGCUCGCGAAGAUCCUCAUGUAUCUGGUGAUAAGCAUAAGAGAAAACCCUUGCGAAUUCCAUUUCGAUUUGCAUUUAAAAAGUUCAUAGAGCGAAUAGAGUUGAAAUCUGAGGUGCAAGAUGGGAUGUUCCACAUCGAAGCUUGACGAUGAAGAAGCGGUCCAGCUAUGUAAGGAUCGGAAGCGAUUCAUUAAAGAGGCUGUCGAGGAGAGAACUCGGUUUGCUACUGGACAUAUAGCUUACAUUCAGUCCUUGAGAAGAGUUUCCGCUGCUCUUCGGGGUUACAUUGAAGAGGAUGAACCGCGAGAGUUCUUCCUGGGUUCGUUUUCAACCCCGACAUUUACGCCAAUAAAGAAAAGUAGCAAUGGUUUCAUUUCAAUCUCUCCGAGUUCAUUCUCUCCGGCGCAAAUUGAACCAAAACCAAAGUCAUCGUUGAAAGUGAAUUAUCUAAGGACAGGCGGGACUCCAGCAGUUUCCAUCACGGAGAGACCUCGGUCGCCGGAAACAGUCCAUGUUCAGACUUAUUCUCCAAUUCAUCAAAUGGGCAUUGAUGGAUUCUUUCCAGCGCAUCCCUCGCCUCCUAAUCCUUCGUACUAUUCUUACUCCCCCAACAAUAGACCCAAUUUUCCUCCUCCAUCGCCUCGAUCUUCACAGUGGGACUUUUUUUGGAACCCAUUUUCAUCCCUGGACUACUAUGGAUACCCCACUCGGAGUAGCAUUGAUCAUAUGGCUAUGGACGAUGAGACCAGAGGACUGAGGCAGGUCCGAGAGGAAGAGGGGAUUCCAGACUUGGAAGAAGAAACUGAGCAUGAAGAAUGUGAUAACCACUCGAAUGUUCAUGAAGAUAGAGGCAAUAGAGAUGUUAAUUUCGCGACCGAAGAAGUUUUAGUGGAAGAUGUUGAUGAUGAGGAAGAGGAUGAGGAAACAGAUGACAGCUAUGAAUCCGAGGAUGAAGUCAAAGGGCUACAGUCCCAUGGUAGUCAGAGCAUGGAAGUAGUACAGCCGCCACAGAAUGUUGGAAAAGUGGAAGUAACUAAUCGAGAAGCAGCAGCUUCUAAAGAAGUGCCGGGUUUCACAGUUAUUGUAAACCGAAAGCCGACGAGCAUGGCAGAAGUCAUCAAAGAGCUGGAAACUCAAUUCACACAUAUUUGCAACUCAGCAAGUGAAGUCUCAUCGCUGUUAGAGGUCGACAGAGCCCAGUACUCAAGCUCAAGCGAACUGACAGCAAUGAGGAUGCUGAAUCCAGUGGCUCUGUUUUGGUCUGGUUCGUCACGCUCAUCCUCGUCAAGAUUUUUAAUGAGUUCUUCAAGUUCUAAAAAUGACAGUUCUGAGAGUAACAGCGACUUUUCAGAUGAGUCGUGUGUUUUUUCCAGUGGUCAUCAGUCAACAAUGGAUCGAUUAUAUGCCUGGGAGAAGAAACUCUAUGAAGAAGUCAGGUCUGGAGAGAGAGUUCGGAUUGCGUAUGAGAAGAAAUGCUCGCAGCUGAGGAAUCAAGACGUGAAAGGAGAGGAUCCUUCAUCUGUGGAUAGAACGAGGGUGGCCGUCAGAGAUCUACAUACUCAGAUAAAGGUAUCCAUACACUCAGUAGAAGCCAUUUCAAAAAGGAUCGAAACUUUAAGGGAUGAAGAAUUGCAGCCUCAGCUUGUAGAAUUGGUGCAAGGGUUAUCAAGGAUGUGGAAUGUAAUGGCAGAGUGCCACCAAUUACAGAAACGGACCUUAGACGAGGCAAAAAUCUUGCUGGCCGGCACACCUUCCAAACUCGAAGCCAAGAAAAGAUCUUACAUGUCUAUGACGGAUCCAAACAGGUUGGCCCACUCGGCGUCCAAUCUUGAGACUGAGUUAAGGAACUGGCGAGCCUGCUUCGAAUCGUGGAUCGCUUCUCAGCGAUCUUACAUGCGUGCACUCACAGGAUGGCUCCUCCGAUGUGUGCGGUCCGACCCCGACACCUCGAAAAUGGCAUUCUCUCCUAGACGGUCAAGCGGGACCCUGCCCAUCUUCGGUCUUUGCAUCCAGUGGUCGAGAUUCCUCGAUUCCAUCUCGGAGAUCCCAGUGCUCGACGGUCUAGACUUCUUCGCAGCUGGGAUGGGGUCGAUCUACGAGCAACAGAUCAAAGACGAUUCCGGGAAUACCCUGGGUGGAUCAAAGAGGUUCGGAGGGGGAUCAAGCGAGGAAAACAGCGGGGGCAUGGACAUGGUGGAGUUUAGUCAGGUUGAAGAGGUGAUGACACCUGAGAAAAUGGCCGACGUAGCCAUAAGAGUUCUGUGUGCUGGAAUGUCGGUUGCAAUGAGCUCACUGACGGAAUUCGCUGUGGCGUCCGCUGAUGGUUACGCCGAGUUGGUCAAGCAAUGGGAGCAUGCCCAGAGGCUGCAUAUCACAGCAGGGUCAACUGUGUAGCCUCUUUUUCCUUUUGUUUUUGGACAGAUUUGCAUUUGUAGGGUAGUUCAACUAAGGUUGUCAAUGUAAUUAGAGUAUAUAUACCAUGUUUUAUACAAUGUCAGCAACUAGUGUAGACUUGUUAUGCCAAGAAAGAAGAGCAAUAGUCUGAGAGUUUUAAUCUAA